CGAGGCAGGAGAAGCCCCUGGCCAAGCUCCACGAAGGAAACGAAAAGGCAAACGGCAACGCGCCACUCCGCUGCUUGGGAAGACCAAAGCCCCGACGGGCCUGGAGAGUGACAGCUCGGAGACCGCACGGUUGUGAAGCUCGCGCGGCUGGAAUCAGUUAUGCCUGUAAUGUGAGAUCAGCAGAGGAGCCAGAGGAGGACUCCUCGAAGGAGGCUUCGACAUCAGCUACAGGACAUGUGGAGGUCCAAGAGACUGGCUUUUUCCAAACCCUGUGGCAAGGGGCUACAGCUGCCAUCGGUGUUGUCAGUGACAUUGUGACUGCCAUCAAUGCAGAGACCGACUCAGAGGAGGAAAAAGCAGCGGAAGGUGGAGAGGGCUCUGAUGCAGUCAGGAAAACCAGCUCCAAGGCUGAAGAGGAAGAACAGUACAUCGAGUAUGUGUCGCAGUUCUGCCUCUACCUGGGCAUCGACGUGGCUGCGGAGCCCGAUCUCAUCACAGAGGUGGACGACUACCUGAAGCGCCCGCUGCCCGAGGGGUGGUCGACACAUCAAACUGGGGAAGAUUGUGAAUAUGGAGCCGGAUAUACGUAUUUCAUGAAUGCUUCGACAGGGAAAACUCAAUGGACUCGACCAGAUGAGGAUGAGUUCCUGCAACACUUGCGAAGCAAGAUGAAACGCAAACCCACGGCAGGAAGUCGUCUCUUCUUUGCGGAGUUUCGGGACCGCAACCGCCGGGAGAAAUGGGCCGCGCUGGAGGAUCAGAUCGACCAUCUGUCGGGCAUGCGGCCUCUGCUGAGGGCGCUGCCGGAGGGAUCAGCAGAACCAGCUCAUGCGUCAAGCAGUAUCUUUCACGUGGUGCUCUACAACCGUUUCCCAGUGCUCUAUCCCGCUGUGGUGGAGGGCUUCGCCAGUUACUUCGGGCUGGGCUCCGUGGCGCAGUUCGCGGCGGCCGAACUGAGACAUUUUUGGGUGGCCAAGAUUGCUGCGCUGUGUCCAGUGCCGAGUGGUUGGGAAUUCAAGUUUGAUGAGACCUCCACUACAGCGGUCUUUGUUGAUCAAGGAGCUGGUACGGCCUCUCGACAUCAUCCCAUGGACGCUUUCUUCGCAGGUUUACUGGAAAGGCUUUUGUCAAGACAUCGGAGUGUCGAGGCCGCGGAGUCGCAACGACUGGGCCAGGCCAUAGCUCUUGGAAGCCAGAUGGUCUUCUUCCUGGACUCGCGCAAUGGCACACCGUACUGGCUGCAGUAUGGCGCCAACGCAACAGCCUGGACUGGACCUUUGCCCUGGCAGACCAAGCCGGCCAAGAGAGAGCCACAAGCAGAAGCGCCACGUCGAGAGCCCCAAGCGCCAUCGCCCCGGAAGCCGCCCCGAGAGCCAUCGCCCCGCCCGGAGAAAACAGGACCCGAGCCGCCUACAUCUUCGCAGCCGGCGCCUGGGCAGCCCGGGCUGCGGGAUGCGGCUCAAGCCACGCCCAAGUAUGUGGACCCCUUGCGCCAUGCGGCUGGAGGAGCCGAGAUGGUCCCCCACUCUGACCUCGCACCACCGGAACCGCCCAUGGGCCCGGCGACACCCAAAGCACCACCCACGCCGAAGCAGGAAGUCGAGGGCAAAGAGACCCCGCGACAGGAGGCUGCGGAAAGUGGUGAAAGUGACCCUGAAGCUGGAGAAAAAGAGACGCCAGAAGAGGAGGAAAGCACAUUGCUGCACCCCGAGGCAGACUCCGGUGAAGCAGAUGCAGCCGUAGCCGCAGCAGCCGAAGCUGCUGCCGAAGCUGCCGAAGCAGCGCCAAGUCCAGAGGCCGCAGUUUCGUCCAAAGAGGCCGAAGAAACUUUGCUUCCAGAGGCCCCAGAAGCUGAAGCGCUAGCGGAAACUGUUGAUGAGCCUCAGCUGGAGGAGGAUGAAAGCACAUUGCCGCAACCGGAGGCGGAACCUGUUGAAGCGGCAGACGCAGCCUCACCAAUGGAAGAAGCUGUCAGUGCUGAAGCAUCACCAACCCCAGUGCCUGAACAUGCUGAGCCUGCUGAACCUUCGGUGGAGGCGACGUCCGCAGAAGGUCCCACUGAGGAAGCGCCGGCAGAAGUACCAGAGGUGCCCUCCUCGCCGCGCUCCAGCAGCCUCUUCUCCCUGGCCGAGCAGCUGCAGCUGCAGCAGGGCGACGAGCCGCGGCGCAUCGUGGAGAUUCUGGAGGAGUUGGAGCGGAUCCCGGUCACCGUGGAGCUGUUGAGGCAGACACAACUCGGUGUGAUCUCGCAACCCUUCAAGGAUCAUGAUGACGCAGAUGUCCGGAAGGUGGCCAAACGGCUGAGGAGAAGUUGGAAAGACCUCAUUGCAGCCACAGCCGAGGCGAACGAGGGCGGCUUGGCUUUUUUGAAGCGAAAACGCCCAGAGAUGCCCAGAGAUGUGGUCCCAUUCUAUCACUACACCAGUGAUGAAGGAUUGAAAGGGAUCCUGAAGGAUGGCAAGAUUCAGAUCUCAGAUCCUUCCCGAGGAGAUGCCAUUGAGGGCCCAGGUGCCUAUGGCACAAAGUAUCCACCUUCCAGCCGCACAAAGACCGUCGCCCAAAACAACUGGGAUAAUGGCUGGAAGCGUGCCAUAGAGCAUGGCAAAAUGAAGAACUACAUCAGAUGUGAGGUGCCUCGCAAAGAGGUAAAAGAGUGUAAGGGCCAUGGAAACAAUAGAGGUCGUGGAGGACGUCCCGAUGGGAUUCUGGUCCACCCACAUGGCAUUGAUCUCAGCAAGUACAACACCAAGAUAGGAAGAAGGGGAGAGCACACGGUCUCCAAGGCUUUUCCUUUUGAUCCUGAAGCAAUCCGCAAGGCCAUGUAUCCUGAUAGCACUCAGACCAGACAGCCACCAGCCAGCAGCUAUGCUGGUGUCCUUCGUCCUCCAUAUCUGAGCCAAAGCACAUUGAGCCACAGUUUGAUUGGCAGUGAUGAUGAGCCACACCAUAGUGGCCACAACCGUGCUGGCAACUACUAUGAGGCUUUUGGAGAUGGGUCAUAUCGCUAUGAGAAUUUGGAUGGCUCUACUUAUGAGUGCGAUGGAAGUGGUCAGGCAGUGUACACAGCGCCAGAUGGUGCAGUUACCGAGUACACGUGGGCUGAGAACAGUGGUGAUGGUGGCUAUGUCCACAGCGAUGACUCUGGCGAUGGUGGCUUCCCUGUCGGCACUUGCGUGGUUGAUGAUGAAAGCACCUAUGCCACCAGCCGAAGAGGCUGGGAAUGGGCUGGGACUGGCGAGGCAGCAGCCAUCUUUAUGAAUAGCAAUCUGCAGCACCUGAAAGCUCACCUGAACGUGUCGAUGCCGGACACUGCCGUUGCACCUGAAGCCCAGCAUGGCAUGGUCAAGUGCUCAGAAUUGACUGUGGAGGAAGAGGCUGAUAAACUGUUGAAGGAAAUGGAGGAGAUCAACACCAAAAUGGAUUCCCCAAAACUUCAGCGGAAGGUGGGCGGCACGGAAGACGCGACGGAGCUCUUUGGGAGCACCCCACGGGAACCACAAUUGGAGCACGUCGGUGCACCAAAGCACCUCUUCCGCCCGAGCUCUGCCAGCUCUGCGGCGCCACGGCGACACUCCGCGGUGCAAGAUGCUGAUGAGGUCUUUGGCAAAUCUCCAAGAGAUGGUGCUCGGGAGACGCAGGAGCAUGUGGGUGCUCCGAAACAUUUGCUUCGACCUACGUCAGCUCAAGCUCGACGGCCGUCUUUGGAAGAGGUCUUGAGCGGAUCGGCACCUCCUGCGAAGGGGACCUUUGCCCGAGCAGCCACGCUGAGCCUAAAUCCUUUGCCGCCCACUCCAUUGCCGUCCACGGCAGCCCCACCUCCACCCAAGCAGCUUCCAAAGGCGCCAGCUCCACCAAAGCAACUGCCAGCAGCCAAGCAAGCACCCCAGCUUCCAGCGCCUAAAGCCUUGCCAGCCAUGCCAGCCAAGGCUGAAAAAGUGCUUCCCAAAGCUGAGGCGGAAAUGGAACAGAAAGUUUCUGAAGCAGCGCCAGCACCAGAACCACCUACAGUUGGUGAACUAGCCCCAGAACCACCUAAAGUUGCCGAAGCUCCAACCACCCCACCAAAAGUAUCUGAGCCAUCCCCAGUCCAAUCUGCACAACCAGCUGAGCCAGCUGUCUCAAUGGCCCCCCGGGUCAUGGCGCUGCUCCCCCCAGCACCACUGCCACCGGCACCCGCUCCAGCCCCGGCCUCGGCCCCUCCGCCGCCGCCCAAGACGGGAAGCCCCUCGCGGAAGAAGCCCAGCAUGGCACCGCUGCCGCCAGUGCCGGAGAUUGAGCAAGCCCAGGCAGAACAGGAAGCUUCCUCCGAAUCCUCCGAGGAGCUGUUGCCUGAGACGCCCGUGGCCAAACAUGCCGCGCAAGCCACCCCAGCACCACCCACCGCUGCGGGCUAUCCGAAGAUGGCUGAAGCUCCAGCUGCACCUGGUGGAGGUGCUGGCUAUCCACAAGGUGAACUUCCAGCCAGGCCCCAACCACAGAUGAAUGCAGGGCUGCCAUCUGCUGCGCGGCGGCAGAGAGCAGAACUGGUGUCCAACUUGCAGUACCUCUGUCGCCUUUUCUUGGAGACACGAGAGCAACUCUACGCCGCGCACGAGAAAACUGAGACGGAGGAUGGUUCCACUUAUCGUUUUGAAGGCCGGGAGUUGACGUCGCCCGAACUCCCAGAACGCCUGCAGACGCAGUCCAUCGUGGAAGAGCUCGAGGUGGUGGGCACUCGUUUCCACUACCAGCUCCAGCGGGGCCGCGGUCCCAACAGCGGCUGGAUCAGCAGCAAGCUGAAGGCUCGGCCGCUGCUGGUGCGCGCGGACGUGCGCGACACGGGGAAGCACCUGGGGAAUAACGCACCCAUCCCGGAGCUGCUGUACGUGCAGGGAAGUGAGAAGCAUGGCACCUUGAGGGAGGUCCAAGGCACCUUAGACGACCUGGAACAGGCGGUGCUAAAGCACUUGGAGGGCAACCCAUCGGCCGCAUCAAAGCAGUUCCAAGGGCUGCUGGAGGACAUGUUAUUUUUAGCCUGGAGGCGGGAGAAUCGGCAACGGGUGCUCCUGUUCCUGGGGAAACAACUGGAGUUCUGCAGCAAGAAGCCUCAGCUGAAGGAAGCCGCUAGGAUCAUCUGCGAAGAGUUGUGUUUGGUGUCCUGGGCUUCAUCGAUGGUGGACGUGGAAUAUUACAGCUUUAGGGACGAACAAAGUCCGCUCGUUUUGCUUUGCGGCUUCGGCGGUUCUCAUUUGGAUGAUUUGCAGCCUGCCAUUGAGCAUUGGACGGAGAAAGGCUUUGGUGUGUUAGCAUUUGGCCCUGCGAGAUUGGGCCGGGAAGAUAUGUUGGACCUGAUCCACGCGAAGCUCUUGGAGCUUUCUCGCGGCCGCUCGGUGUUCGCGCACCUCUUCAGUGACGGCGGAUUCGGCUUCGCGCGAGCUUUGCUGAGCAUGUGGGAUGAGAGCUGGAGGAAGCAACAGACGCAGGAGGACCCACACCUGGCGCUGAAGUGCAUCAUCUGUGAUGGGGCUGGGCUGUUGCCUCAUGAGGAUGUUCCCAUCGAUCCUACGGACGAGUCUCCAGUGGAGCCGCUGCAGCCCGAGGCGACUGGCAACAGCGAAGCGCUGAAGCAGAUGACCUUUACGGCGCUGGCGUUUUUCACAGGUUGUGGCUUGAACAUGCUCAUGAACUUUGGUGCCUGCCAAGCCUUUCACGAGGAACCAGCCAACUCUUUCGGCAAGACCUUGGUGGAGUCAGCGAACAGCGGCCAGUUGGCAGGGAAGUUGUCCAGUGCGCCCCGAGGCCCGUUGCUGGGGAUCUGGCGUUUGUUGCGUGAAGUGCCGGUGCUCCUCAUCGCCUCCAAAGGGGACCGAGUGGUGCCACUGGAAUGCUCGCUGUCCCUGGUCACCUGGUUUAGAAAGCUUCCGGAACGACAGCUGGUGCAAGGGCAGCGGUGGAAGGAAACUUCCAUUCUUGAAGAGGAUGGUAUGGCCGUCCACACGUUGAUUCUUGAGAAGGCGCUGCAUUGCAAAGCAAUGACCAGCCAUGCGGUCGAAUAUUGGGAGGCAGUGGAUGACCUGGCCAACUGCGAUGGGCUGCGAGAGGAACUCGAUGCAGUGCGCUUCCGACGGCUGCUUGAGGAGACUUUGGGACAAUCGCAUGGUGCAAUGCCCAAGCCUCUCAUUCGAUUGCUGAGAUCCUUCGGCCGUCGCGCGCUCUACGGACGUCGACGGAGUCCAUAUGGCCGUCGUGCAUUUGCCCAGUUCCAGCAGGCCUGUACUGGGCAGGGCCCUAAAGGCUUCGUUCUGGGUGCUGUGCCGCAGAUUCUGCGGCUGAUGGACCGGCUGGUGGACGAAGGUCGAAGGACCAUGCCUGAUGCUGUGGAGGAUGGUGGGGACGAUCCCUGGCUUGAUGGCAUGCCGGAGGAGACGGAGAAGGGACGCGGUUUGCCAGACUGGGAGAAGUUGGAUGGAAUUCUCUCUGAACCACAAAACCUCGAGUCCUUGCAAGCUGAGGCAGAUGCCUUUCUGGCAGAAACAUCGAUGCCGAAACCUCUUUGUCUUUCAAAGGCGGAACGCGCCGAGACCACUGCGGAGCCGCCGGACAGUGGCAGCUUCGCGCCGCGGGGGCGGCGCCCGGCCGCGGCCGUGCCAGGUGACGAUGGCGCCGAUGCCAAACAGGGCAGGCGCCUCUUUGCUUCUGUGGGUCCUUACUACUCCUGUGACCCUGAGCUUCUUCUCAAGGUCGCUAAGGCGCCGUUGCCCAACCUGGACACUUUGGUGCGCUUCCUUAGGGGCAACCGCAUCAGGGUCGUGUCCAUGGGAACUUGCGAUGGACAAAGAGAUUUUUCGAUGGCCUUCAGUUCUCGGAUUUAG